CAUGAACGGAGGAGUGCGUGAAAGGUGUAAACUGAGAUGGAAUGUUGUCAUUGACAUGCCCACCAGAAAAACCUGGAUUAACAGACGACCGGUCUUCAGGUGCUAGGCCGUGAGUGACUUAUAGGACUCCAGGAGCAGCUCAAGUAAUCGCUCGAUAAGUAAUUGAGUAAGAAGAAUUUUUGAAUAUUACCACUGGAUGACCUCGUGAAGCAAGUAGUAGCUAUUUUUAAAAACGUCAACAAAAAAAAGGUCUGACAUCGACUUAACUCCAAGGUUUAUAAAGACAUUAACAAUAAAACCCUUCACAGGGGAGUAACAAAAAGUAAAAGCUUUCACAUAAUUAUCCAAUCACGUGUUCCACAUCAACAUUGAAAACAUGUGCUACCGGUAAUGAUAUGAAUAAAACAUUACCCAUUCCAACAUUCCGAAAUGCAUCGUAGCAUAAAAUAUUGCACGAAAACAGUGGACAGCUCUGCAAAACGUUGCACAGUUGCAGUUCUACGCAUCCUAUCGCAAUGCGCUGCACUUGUAUGCAACACACCGGUAUCAAGCUCACCUCCCACCUGUGUGUGUCAUCGACAGCUAGCUCCAACCAGCGUGCGGCGAUACAAUUGGGGAAAAAGUGCAGCUCACAGUUACAGAUUACUCUCCGAAUGUGUUGGGCGGUGUACAAGUGCGUUCCGUGCAAUCAGUGAUCGAGCCCGCGGCGGUACAUUAUAAGGUUUGUGGUGCGGUCAUAAUAAUGUUUACCAACAGGACAGCAGAACAGCUAGGACGGUAGAAAAGUCGUCUAACUUGUGACGGUUUUACGUAAUGGGCAGUGUUUGUGUACGAAGCGUUACAAGUUUCAUUUUUGAAGCUCUCGACGAACAGCAGAAACCGUCUGGUUCUUAGUAUGCAUUAUUACCGUGAAGUGGAAGGACCAGUUAUGUUGAAUCAAUGGUGAAAUUAUGGUUCGGUAGUGUUACAUGACGUGGCUUCCUAUCUUUGUUUAGUUAUCAGGUCUCAAACGUUUUGUGUAAAAGUGCAAUAGUUUCGGUACUGAUUGUGAUCCUCAAAAGUGUUCAAAGUUCUUCAGAGAGGAAAACACCCCUUAAGAUACUUCACAAUGAAUGUCAUCUUGAUUCUGCUGUUGGUCGCUUCAUCUGGAUACUGCUUUAUCCAGAAACAAUCCCAACCGGAUACGAGCAAUCUUACCGUCGGGAACUUUAUUGACUUUACGCAAUGGUUAGGCAUCGACUAUGGACAGCCAAAGCUUCGCAAAAGUUACGAUUACGUUAUAGUCGGUGCCGGUCCAGCCGGGAGUGUCCUUGCGACAAGACUCAGUGAAGAUCCAACCGUUACGGUACUGUUGCUGGAAGCUGGCCGAGCAGAGAUACCAAUAGUGACCGACAUGCCACUGGCAGCUCCUAAUCUACAGGCCACAGAUUACAAUUUCGCCUAUGAAUCGGAACCACAAACUCGCGGAUGUCUUGGUCUGUGGGAUCGCAAGUGUAGUUGGCCCCAUGGACGUGGUGUCGGUGGAUCUACCAUCAUCAACUACAUGAUCUACACGCGCGGUAAUCGGCGUGACUACGAUGCCUGGGCCGCCGCCGGUAACCCCGGUUGGAGCUGGGACGAAAUGUUGCCGUACCACAUCCGUUCGGAACGGGCGAACAUUCGCGACUUCGAUCGGAACGGAUUCCACGGCCGGAAUGGUCCACUGUCGGUGGAGGAUUGUCCUUUCAGAUCAAAAAUAGCGACAAGUUUUAUCGAAAGUGGACAACAGGCAGGUUAUCCCUACGUCGAUUACAAUGCCGGCGACCAAAUCGGUGUGUCCUUUCUGCAGGCAAACACGCUCCAGGGCCGUCGUGUUACCAGCGGUAAUGCUUACCUCUAUCCAGCCCGCAAGCGUCCCAAUCUGCACAUUCUUCCCCGUGCCUGGGUGACAAAGGUGCUGAUUAAUAAGGCAACCAAAGAAGCUACGGGUGUCGUUUACGUGCGGGAUGGUAAAACGCAAUCGGUAAAGGCACGCAAGGAGGUUAUACUGUCGGCUGGUGCGUUUGAAAGCUCCAAACUGCUGAUGCUGUCCGGCAUUGGACCGGCGGAACAUUUGGAGUCGUUGGGUGUUCCGGUGCUGCAGGAUUUACCCGUGGGCGAAAUUCUGUACGAACAUCCGGGCGUGUUUGGGCCAGUAUAUAUCGUACGCGAACCGAUCGAUGACUACAUCACCUUGGAUGGGAACAUCAACUUUAGCAACAUCUUCCAGUACCUGAAAGGGCGUGGUGUGUUCACCACCAACUCCGUCGAGAGCUUAAUGUACGUGAAGUCACCGGUGGCGGCUAGUCCCGAUCCCGGACUGCCAGAUGUGGAGAUAAUGCAAGCGUUCUCGUCGUUUGACUACGACACCGGGUCCGGUACUCCGCGAGCGUUCCGUUUAACGAACGCCACGUUCGAGGGUUACUUCCGUCCGAUCAUGAACCUGCGAUCGUUCCAAUAUUUGCCAAUGUUGCUGAAACCUUACACACGUGGAAAGCUACGUCUAAAGUCGAGGAAUCCAUUCCACCAUCCGGUGUUUCAGUAUCGCUACUUCGAGGAUGAUCGUGACAUUGAAGCUUUGGUGUAUGGAAUACAGGAAGCGAUACGAGUUACCUCGCAGGAGGCCUUCCGUCGCAUCGGUGUUGAACUGUACCGCAAACAGGUGCCGGGAUGUGAGCAGCAUCCGUUCGGGACGCAUGAAUACUGGCGUUGUCAUGUCAUGACCUUGACGGGUACCUUCCACCAUCAGGUGGCGACCUGCAAGAUGGGUCCACCGAGUGAUCCGGAAGCGGUGGUAGACCAUGAGCUGCGGGUGUACGGCAUGCGGAGGUUGCGCGUUGUGGACAUUGGCGUCAUCCCAUUUCCACCCACCGCACACACAUCCGCCAUUGCGUUUGUGAUCGGUGAAAAGGCAGCCGAUCUGGUGCGGGAUGCGGCCCGUAAGGGAGACUAUCGAAGUAGGGAAAAACAUUCAACGCCCUUACCAGUGCAAUCUUUCCGCGGAUCACCAUUCGAGUGGCCAUUUAAAUAAACAAUAGGAUGUCGGGUUUGGUGACCUUUUUGUCCUUACGGGGUUUAGCUCUGAAGCACAAUCUUCCAACUGGCAUUAAUAAAUACAUCAACGCCGAGAAAAAAAGGUCAUCAGACGAGACGGACUGUAACACAUAAAUCCACAUCCCGCCAAACGUAUGACCCCGUCCCGAUUCCAGUCGUUCAAUAAAUCGUCCUCAUUAGUAUGACCGCGUUAAACAAUUUGGCAUGGAAGCAGCAUAAAAAAACAACUCUUCCACAAAGGGUACGAUUUAACGAAAAAUAAAAUUAUCCCACUCUUACCUCCUAGUGGGUUUGCUCCCGUUGGUUCGUGUUGCGGUGUAGUUGUUGCAUAAUGCCAAAAAUUAUGUUACGAUCUUCAUGUACUGAACUGGAGACCAGCGAGGAGGCAAUGUAAAAAACAAAAAUCCACCUCCAAACAGCGCACACUAUCGACCGUUUGGCUGAUGGUUGUCUAUAGCGGAUAAAUGAAGCGAAGCAUUAAAUUGACGACCGGUGGGGAGCGCGAAGCAUUAUGCUCGGCCACAGCAAUGCCCUACAGCGGCCACUUGACGACAUUCUUUAUACACCUGGCUUAAGCUGCGCCACGCUUUGGCAACAGGCGUCAACACGAUUUGACUAAUCUACUACAUGUUUGUCCGAUCCACCUACAAGCCGGG